CUUCUCUAUUCCCUUCACUGUAAGCAGUCUACGGAAUUGUUAUAACUCCAUCGAUAUACAAUCAUGACCUCUUCGGCAGCCAAGCUACCGACGCAGGAUGCCAAAAACGAGGCUCUUUGUACAUUUUGCCUUGGUAUCAAUAUCCAGUCCCUCAAGAGUAGCAUAGGCUACGAGCACCAGCCAAAUUUUGCAUCACUUGUUCUAAGUUCAUCAACAUGUCCCUUAUGCGAGCUUAUUACGCAAUCAGUGAAACGCACACUGAACAGAAACCGAGUUUUGAUGCAUAGCCUCAGCGAUGACCUUGGACCAGUACGCCUUAUUAGUGCUGGCCGAAGUCUGGCUCCAAAAACGAAAGCUAACCGGGUUUGUCCUGAAGGUCCAGUUGACGAAUUUCUCUUGUUGGAUGAGAUCGCGGUGGCGAUUGGAGAAGAAUUAGUGAGGAAGAGAUGCUUCUCCUCAUUUGGUGCACAGCUCGUCAUGGUUGCUGCAAAGGGCUCUGCCGCGGAAGCAGCUGGGGUUCAAGCUGGCCAGUUGAAUGACCGUUAUGCCCUUUCAGAGAAUAACAUCCAGCGAAUCAGUGAGCUGUUGAAAACUUGUUGUCUCAAUCACAAUCAAUGUUCGUCGGAAAUGUUUCACAACCUCAGCAGCAAACAUCAUGAAAAGUACGGAAAUUUCGGUCUCCCAAGUCGAUUAAUCGAUGUGAUGAUGGAAGAUCAGUCGAAGGUCAGGUUAGUGGAUGUACAAGGUCGACAUGAAUACAUUGCUCUAAGCUACUGCUGGGGCAAGUCCCAACGCUUAGUCACCACUAAGGACAACCUUGCUCAAAUUCAAAUGGGUAUUGAGAUCUCUUGCUUUGCCAAAGCCAUUCAGGACGCGGUACUCUUCACCCGAAAGCUCAAAACUCGCCACCUCUGGGUUGACGCGCUAUGCAUCAUCCAGAAAGGCGAUAAUUAUGUAGAUUGGGCAUGCGAAUCCCAAAAGAUGGCUUUGAUAUACGGUCAAUCCUAUCUCACAAUCGCAGCAGCCUCAACCAAAGGUUCCGACGAAUCAUUUCUUGACGUACCCAGAUCUCCCCGCGUUGCUUGUCCGUUCCGCGGAACUCCCAAUUCGGACCCGAGUGGCGAACUCUUCUUCAGCAUACCAUUCAUUGAUUUCGCAGAAGAUUUUGAGUCUGGAACGUAUGGCAGCCAUCUUGCUACACGCGGAUGGGUCAAGCAAGAGAGACUAUGUUCACGACGUACCGUGCACUUCACAACGCGCAAGAUGUACUGGGAGUGCAGAUCCACGCUCUGGGCCGAGACUGGUGAGAUCUGUAAACCUCUGUUCUAUGAUGGCUCCAAACAGGCCGCGACAUACUCUCGAGGCAUGCAGCUUCUGAGACUGGGGCAUUCGUCUACCAACAACGCCGGAAUUACCAACCUUUUCUUGAGCAUAUGGUCAGAGGUGGGGAGGAAUUCUCCGAGUUGCAGUUGACUAAAUCAAGAGACAGGCUUCCUGCAAUUGCAGGCCUAGCCAGACUUGUCACCCUUAGCUUUCCUGGCCGGUACUUGUCGGGGAUGUGGGAGCAAAACCUCUCUAAUGCUCUGCUGUGGGUGCCGAGGACACGCCCCAUGAGGCUGGCAGUGGGGACAGGUGUACGUGCCACAUCUUGGUCUUGGGCUAGCACUGUCGAUCCUGUUAAGAGUUCCACUGGUAUUGAUGGUGUUGACAGCCCAGACUGCCGCAUUGAUUUACGCCAAGUCAUCACCUCGUCUGACGGGUCUGAAAUACUAGAGCAUGUCGGGGCAGAUAUAUGAGUGUCACGUCUCAUUGGAACCGGAGUUGAAACCUAAAACCUCGAGAAAGCACUGGAAAAAUCCGUCGGGAGAUGAAGACAGCGGUCCGGAGUAUAAAUUCUGGCCAUUGCUUUCGGAGGAUGCGGAUCUUCCUCAGAAUGGAGCCAAUAACGUAUGUCGAUUCGAUCGCGAGAGAGGUAGUCAGAAUAAGUUCUUCUUCCUUCGGCUUGAAUGCUCAGCAAAAAUGGCGCUUUGCCACUGUAGAGGGUUACUCCUCGAUUGCAAGAAUGACGUUUCAUCGGACCAGAUCUCAUACACACGUGUCGGUGUUGGGUGGGCUUCGGAUCCUAUUUGGCACGACACCAAGAGCUCAUUAGUACGUCUCGGGUAGCUUUUACAACAAAGUCAACACUCCUGCUGAGUAGGCUCGACUGCUUCCUGUCUGCGCCGAACUAGAUCGGAUAGUUGUGCUGUCUUUAACUUGCGCUUCAAGACCCAUAAAGCAGCCGAAGACGAGGAAUUAGGAGACAACUUGGUCAAAUGCUGCUUGGUGACUUCUGGGAUAUCAUGUGUCGGAUGGAUGUAAAGAAGAAAGGGAUUUCAGAUAGUUUAUGAACUUUCAAAAGGGGUAUCAAGAUUUCCUCAUGGUCUGCUAUAUCAGCCAUGGCCCAACCAUCCAAAGCAGACAGCAUAACAACUUUAAUCUCCCUCCA